AUGGCACCAACAGCGGUGAGUACGUAUCCGGAUUCUAGGACCAGCGAUGUUGCUUCGAAGUCGAAGGUGAGGGACGGCCUCAUCACGUCUGGACAACAUCCACCCAUAUAUGAGGCUUUAAAGCAGUAUGAGGAUUUCCCGAAACACAUUGAUGGACGGACAGUUUGGCGAACGGAAGAUUACAAGGACAAUCCAGAACGAUGGACCCAUAGGUUCACAUCAGAGGAAAUCAAUGAAUUGAGCGACACAGCCGACAAGUUCAGCCAAAGUGGUGUUCCCCUUACCACAAUAUCGAAGGCCUCAUUCCCCCUCCCCACUUUCUCCGCCUAUCUAGAAUCCGUGCGCGACGACCUUGUCAACGGCAAAGGCUUCAUCCUCUUCAAAGGCUUCCCCGUCUCAGAAUGGGGCGCCCACAAAUCCGCCAUCGCAUACAUGGGCCUCGGCGUGCACCUCGGCCACCUCGUCAGCCAGAACGGUCGAGGUCACGUCCUCGGCCACGUGAAAGAUCUAGGUGAAGACGCGACCCAGAUUGAUAAGGUGAGAAUCUACCGCACAAACGCACGACAAUUCUUCCACCAAGAUUCCUCCGACCUAGUCGGUCUGCUCUGCCUGUCCCGCGCCCUCUCAGGCGGCGAAUCCGACAUCGUCUCCGUCCACCACGUCUACAACAUCCUGCAACACUCGCACCCGGACGUCGUCCGCACUCUCACGCAGCCAAUCUGGUAUUUCGACCGCAAAGGCGAGGUGUCCACGGGCCAAGACCCUUUCAUCCGGGCGCCGGUGCUGUACCUCGAGCGCGAAGCGCCAAGUGGCAAAGAACCACGGGUCAGCAGUAAAUGGGAUCCGUACUAUGUUCGUUCUUUGUCGAGAUUCUCCGAUCCACCGGUUUCGCUGAUCCCGCCGCUGAGUGAGGAGCAGAAAUAUGCUAUGGAUGUGCUGGAGCGGGUUUGUCAGGAGGAAGCGCUGCAUAUGGUGCUAGAGGUGGGGGAUCUGCAGUUUGUGAGUAAUUUGCAUGUUUUGCAUGCGAGGACCGCGUAUAGAGAUCAUGCUCCGCCGAAGCCGAGGAGGCAUUUGAUGAGGCUGUGGUUGAGUAAUCCGGAGGGGGAAGGGGAGGGGAAGGGCGGGUGGAGGUUGCCGUUUCAUGAUUCGGGGUUUGAGAGGAGGGGAGGUAUUCAAGUCAAUGAUGUGGCUGCUGUCGCGAACUUGGACGCUGAGUAG